CCGACUCACAUUAGGCCCUCUUUUUCAGUAAUCUUCACCGACGGAAAUCGCAAAACAUACACAUACUGUACCGCGAGCUGGAGAUAUUUCGGCGGUGGAAAAUUCCCGGUGGCCGUGGGUGCUUUUGAAAUCCAGGUAUGUUAUAGCCUGGAUGCAAAUUUAGUUUGCCUAUGCUUGGAGAAUCUUCACUUAACGUGAAAAUUUCGGUUUCCCUUCAUUCAACCUUUUCCAUGAUCAGCCUUAGCAGUGAUAGCCUAGUUAAUUAAACAGAGUUCCGCAUGGAUAACUUUCCUGAAAAACCACUUCCUCCUGGUGUUCCAUUUCCCCCAAAUGCUUCAUCAAAUUCAGCUUCUUCAGUUCCACCUGCCUUGCCUCUUCCUCAGCCUAUUGAGUACACUGUGAGACCUCAUCAUUUUCACUAUUCAGGCAACAAUCUGUUCCCUCUCCCUCAAUCUGAUGCAUCCUUUCCUCCUCCUGGUCAGAAUUCAAUUCCACAUUCUCCUGCAUCACAUCAAUCUCAUUUUCCACCUUUUGCUCCGCAUUCAUCAGAACCAAGGCCUAGUAACUUCCAGAUCAACCCCAUCCCCGAUCCUCACCCGCCAAUAUGUCAAAAUCUAAGACAGCAGGCUCAUUGUUCAAUCACAUCACCUGGGGCUGUUCAUAGUGUGAUGCAUCAUCACUUUGACAGCAGAGGCUCUCAGGUUGUACCAGAAAAUUCUCAACAACCAAACUUAGGGGCAUCAAAUCAUGCAAAUCAAGGUGGAAAAGUUGGGUCCUCUGAACCUUCCAAUACAUGCAUGGAUGAUUCAUUGAGUUCAAUCCAGGUCAAUGUUUUCAUGGAUCAGCAGAACAAGAAGCAGAAAAUCAUAGAAACACCAGUGGAAGGGCAAUCAAUUUCAGAUGGUUAUCUUAAUGGAAAUGAUGAGACCAAAUAUAGGUCCACUUUUUCAUCGGUUGAUCAAGAAUCUGAUCACUGUCUUCAUCUGCAGAAAGAGUCAAACCUUUCUCAAGAAGUUCAUGAUGCUUCUGCUAGCUACUCAAAGUUAUUGGGAAAUGGUGAUGAUAUUGAAACUGCUGCCCAGGAUGCUGUGCUGCGUGAGCAAGAAAUUGCUACCCAACAAAUUAUACAGAGCCAACGACAAUCAAGAGGUUCCACUGGAACUGAGGAGGAUACAAAAGACAUUCUUUUUGGAUGCCGUGACACAAAUGCUUUGAAGGAGCAUCUGUUGAAGAUGGCCACAGACCAUCGUGCAGAAAUGGCUUCAAAACGUGGGAAAUCUGUGCUUCCUGAGAAAGGAAAUUUAGAAAUUGGAAAUGGCUAUGGUGUACCUGGUGGAGGUGCUUAUUAUGGUGGCCCAAGGCCUUCUAUCACAUCUGGAAAUUUAGAAAUUGGAAAUGGCUAUGGUGUACCUGGUGGAGGUGCUUAUUAUGGUGGCCCAAGGCCUUCUAUCACAUCUGGAACUUCUGGGUCUGAAAUUCAUGAAGGCGGCCAGAAAAAUUCUGAGCUGGAUGAGAGUAAAGGGGAACCAAAAGCUGCGACAGGAGCAUUGCCGGAAUACCUGAAGCAGAGGUUGAGAGCUAGGGGUAUUCUUAAAGAUAACACAGCUAAAGGGUGCUCUGUGCCAGCUAAAAACAAGUGGGAGACUCUGUCAGUAGAAACUGUAGCAGUUGCCAGAUUGCCUCCUGGAUGGGUGGAGGCAAAAGACCCUGGAAGUGGUUCCGUGUAUUAUUAUAAUGGAAGUACAGGGAAAAGUCAAUGGGAGAUCCCAGUUGAGUCUGCUACUGUUCCACAAAGCCCAACGCCUUUACCACUGCCACAAGAUUGGGAAGAGGCAUUAGAUGAGACAACAGGUCAAAAGUACUACUACAAUACAAAGACACAUGUUUCACAAUGGGAGCGGCCAGAUUCCUCAGAACAGGUUUCUUCACAACAGAUGGAUAAGAUGCAUUCAAGAAAUGUGAGUAAUUGUAAUGAGGAUGAUCAGUCAUCCAUGACAAAGAAAUGCGCAGGAUGUGGUGGAUGGGGACUUGGGCUUGUCCAGACAUGGGGUUAUUGCAACCAUUGUACAAGGGUUCUGAAUCUUCCAUUCCAGCAGUACACGGCUCCCCAUCUAAUUUAUCAACAGCGGAUCAGCAACACUGCAAAUACCAGAGAAAAUUCACACAAAAUGGAAUCCAAGCAUAGGUCCACUUCGAAACUGCCAAGUGGAAAAGGCAACAAAAGAGACUUCAAGAAACGUACAUUCGCUGAUGAUGAGGAAUUGGAUCCAAUGGACCCAAGCUCUUAUUCUGAUGCUCCUCGUGGUGGCUGGGUUGUUGGUCUGAAAGGAGUACAACCACGAGCAGCAGAUACCACUGCUACGGGUCCUCUCUUUCAGCAGCGUCCAUACCCUUCACCUGGUGCUGUCCUCCGAAAAAAUGCUGAAAUUGCUGCACAGUCCAAGAAACCAAACUCUCAUUUUGCACCCAUAUCGAAGAAGGGAGACGGAAGUGAUGGACUUGGUGAUGCAGACUGAGAUGAUCUGAAUUGUUACUGCAGUAUUAUGGCUCUGCUGCUCGACUGUACCAUGUUAGGUGAUCCAUGAUCAGUGCCAUGUUCAAUGAUCUUUGAUAGCAUGAAUUGAGCGGGAGUAUAGCGAGAACAACAAAUCAUUUGCUAAUGGAUCAGUGAUCUCUUUCAGAUAACAUUAAAUGUGCAUGUCAGGCCAUGAUAAAGAGUUGGGUGAAGUGAAUCUCAUUAUGGACUGCUUUGUAUCUUGGCUUUUGUAUUAGCAAAGCAAUGGGAUGUCUUUUAAGUGUAAUCACCUAAAUGACUUGCAUUUGUGUGGCGGAUGAUGCUGAUUUCCUUGCAAUGAUGUGCGAGCUUGAUUAAGUCUACAAGAAGUAUCUGACUAUGAUAUUGGUUGUGAGCAUCAGUUCAAGCUGCCUAUGGAAGCAAGUCAGUAGUUAGUUUCACAUUUUAAUACAUCAAGAACCCUAAGAAGAGUACAGUAGCAGCUCUGAAUUACUAACAUGAAAGACCAUUUGAUGUAUGAGCUCUAAACACAUAUGCGAUAGAAGAGUCAGAAGAGUUUGUAUAAGUGAAUCCCCAUUGACAACAAUAAUUAUCUUGUAGGACCAAUGGAGGAGCACUGGUUUCUUGUUUAUAUGUUUCAAAUCAUUGAGAGAUUUUAAUUAGUAUAGUUCUUCUGUUGGGUUCUCUUAA